AUGACAUCCACACAACUUGGCUCUCUCGCCUGCCUCCCACCAGAGCUCCGGCUUUUUGUCUACGAGAAUGCUGUAUCUAACGGCACCGUGCCAGGCCUCAUGCGUGCAAGCCGGGCCAUCUACAACGAAAUCAACCCUCGACUCUACGACACGAUCGAUAUCCACGUUUACCCACUCCUCAAUGAUCCCUUUAUCCGAGUAUCCUUCCGCCGUCUAAAAAACUCCAGCUGGUCCUUCAUGGAGGAGAGCGAUUGCUUCCGAGAUCACGGGGGAUUACACAGCAUCCCUUACAACAGGUUCAAAAACACCCGCGUGAAUAUAUAUGCCCCGAAGCAAAAGAGCCUAGGCCAACUCGCAUACCUGUGGGUGAAGAUCGACGACUUUGCAGGAAUCUUGUACACUCAGAGAACCCUCAAAAACACGGGGCUCGAGCUAAACUUGUGCCCCUAUAAAGGGCAGGUCUGGACUACUCCCCAACAACAAAAGCUUGAAGAGGUUAGGGCUAGUUACCUCCGCAAUCCCUUUCUACCAUCUGAAGCUCGCCCUAGCCCUUUCCUCGUCGUUCUCUCGCCACGCUGGGACAUGGACUUCUUCUGGAUCCCCUUCGCUCGGCUCUACAAGAAGUCUGACUGUCAAAAGCAGCUCUCCGAUGGCACAGCCCACGAUCUCAAAGAGCUCAUAUGGUCUAUCCAGGUCUUCUUAGGGAGCGGGGCAGAUGUAGCUCAUGAAAAGGAGGCGCAAUGGCUUCGGUCCCGAGUACUUACGCAGAGGACUUUGAAGUAUGUUCAGUGUGGGGGUCCACUUCCCCCGGUUUCAGCGGCUCCGAUGAAAGCAGACUCGGAGCCUGAGUGUAUGACUAUGUAUCUACCGCCUGUUUUGAAGCUCCUUCUGAGUCCAAAGAGCGUUGGAAAGGGCGGGUGUUGA